AUGCAAACUUUCUAUUUAGAGGACUUAUCAGCAAAUAAGAGUGUCAUUCAAAGUACAACGGCUAUCUGUUAUCCUCCCUGUACUGCGACAUCUGCAGUGGAUGGAAACAUACAAACAUGUAUGAAGACAUUGGAAAUCGGUACAAAUAAUCCAGACAAAUCGGUAUGGUGGUAUGUAGACCUUGGAGACUUAAACAGCAUAUACAGUAUUUGGAUACAGUUCAACGAAUAUGAUACAACAAUUAUGAGACAAAGAGGUCGUUUUGCCGGGUUCUCUCUUUAUGUGUCUAACUCAACUCGUAAAGAAAACGGACAUCGAUGUUACCAAGAUGGACCAGAGUUACCUCCCUUGGAUUUCAGUACUACAUGUGUAACACAUGGACGUUUUGUAAUAUUUUACAACGAAAGACUGGAUGAUAUAACAUACCCUACAGGAUACCAAAUUUCAAGCGUUUACACUGAACUGUGUGAAGUUACGGUUACAGGUUGUAAGUAUCCGGAUGUUUAUGGAUAUGACUGUAAUUUACCAUGUCCAGAAAACUGUCAAGAACGAAGAUGUUACAUUGUGAAUGGAACCUGUCUGGGAUGUAGAGCUGGGUGGAUUGGUGAAUUCUGUAAUAAUUCCUGCCCUGCUGGAAAUUACGGUCUAGAGUGCAAAAAAAUGUGUGCUGGAUACUGUAGACACAACAAGCCUUGUAAUCAUAGUACUGGAGUAUGUGAUGAAGGCUGUGCUGACGGAUGGAAAGAGAGUAGCUGCAGCACGGAAUGCCCAGCAGAAACGUAUGGUCCUGAUUGUAUGUACAACUGUAGUGGACAUUGUGUAAAUGGCGUCCCUUGUAACAGAACAACAGGAAGUUGUAACUCUGGCUGUAAGCCUGGAUAUACCGGGGAGCGCUGUGAUAAAGCUUGUGAUAAAGGCUGGUAUGGAGAAAACUGCUCUCUUCCCUGUAGUAGGAACUGUGUGAAACAGUCAUGUCAUCACAAACAAGGCAACUGCUUAUAUGGAUGUGAACCUGGGUGGAUGGGUUUGAAAUGCAACCAAGAAUGUUCAGGAGAAACGUAUGGUAAAGAUUGUCUACGUAGGUGCAGCGGUCAUUGCUUUAAUCACACGAUUUGUAACCCAGUGAAUGGAUCUUGUGAAAAGGGGUGUGCACCGGGAUAUUUGGGAGAUUUGUGUAUCCAGUGUAUGUACACUAAAUUAAAGUUAAACUGA